AUAAAAACACACUGAUUGAAAAAAAAAGUACAUCUCACCGGAAAUUAAGACUUUGACUUGAGUCCCCAAAACCCCAAUCAGAAACCCACCGGAAAAUUCCACCUGAAAACAGUUUCAGUUCCGGUUCACGCCGGUCUACGAUGCACUGCGUGACGUCAUUCUCCCUCAGGUUUGUUGUAGAGUUUUGGUUGCUUUGAGAUGAUGGAUUUUGAUAUAGAGAAUGGUUCUUCACCAACACCACCGCCACAAAAGGCGUCUGUGAAGAAAUAUGGUGUGGUGGAACCGAUAUCAUAUGCUGGACCGACCGAAGCUGACAUUCACAGGAAUGCAAUGUUGGAAAAGCUUUUGAGGGACUCUGGGGUUUAUGAGGGUGAAGAAGAAACUGCAAGAAGAGAAGAGGUUCUUCGUCGUCUGGAUCAGAUUAUUAAAGAUUGGGUGAAGCUGUUAACCCGCCAAAAAGGGUAUGUAGAAACAAUGGUUGAGGAAGCUAAUGGUAUCGUUCGUACCUUCGGGUCCUAUCGCCUAGGGGUACAUGGUCCCAACGCUGAUAUUGAUACACUAUGCAUUGGGCCAUCAUAUGUGACACGAGAGCAUGAUUUUUUCGUUAUAUUGCAUGAUAUUUUGUUUGAGAUGGAAGAAGUAUCAGACCUUCAGCCGGUUGACGAUGCACAUGUUCCUGUAAUGAAGUUCAAGUUCCAAGGAGUAUCUAUCGAUCUUCUCUAUGCGAGUGUAUCUUUACGGAUUGUUCCAGAAGAUUUGGAUAUCUCUCAUAAUUCUGUUCUGUACAACAUUGAUGAGAAAACUGUUCGAAGUCUUAACGGAUGUCGGGUUGCUGAUCAAAUUCUUAAACUUGUUCCAAAUGUGGAGAACUUCCGCACAACACUUAGAUGUUUAAAAUUUUGGGCGAAGAGGCGUGGCGUUUAUUCAAAUGUUAUGGGGUUUCUCGGUGGUGUGAACUGGGCUCUUUUAGUUGCUCAGGUAUGCCAGCUUUAUCCCAAUGCACUACCUAGUAUGCUGGUUUCUCGUUUUUUCAGAGUAUAUACACAUUGGCGUUGGCCCAACCCCGUCAUGCUUUGCCCAAUUGAAGAGGAUGAUCUCGGAUUUAACGUAUGGGACCCACGCAAAUGGGCCCGUGACCGAACUCAUCUUAUGCCGAUUAUCACCCCGGCGUACCCUUGCAUGAACUCUAGUUAUAAUGUUUCCGCAAGUACUCUCCGUGUUAUCGUGGAACAAUUUCAUUUUGGAAAUAAGGUUUGCGAGGAUAUCGAAUUGAACAAAGCGAAUUGGAGUGCUCUGUUUGAACCUUGUCUUUUUUUCGAGUCGUAUAAAAACUACUUGCAGGUAGACAUUGUUGCUGCAGAUGCCGGUAAUCUGCUUUCAUGGAGAGGAUGGGUUGAAUCCCGUCUUAGAUUACUUACUUUGAAGAUUGAACGUGAUACAGGUGGGAUGUUACAGUGCCAUCCGUUCCCAAACAAGUACGUUGACACAUCAAAACCGUGUUCACAUUGUGCGUAUUUUAUGGGGCUUCAGAGGCAGCCAGGUGUGAAAGUUCAAGAAAAUCAACAAUUCGAUAUUAGGGGAACAGUGGACGGUUUUAAGCAAGAGGUGAACAAUUAUGCACAUUGGAGACCGGGGAUGGAUAUAUUUUUGUCGCAUGUGCGUAGGAGAGAACUUCCUUCCUAUAUUUUCCCUCAAGGGUAUAGACGUCAAAGAUCAUUAAGGCGCACUCCUACGAAAACUUCAAAUGGAGAUGCUCAAGAGUCUGGUUCUCCUUCCUCUGAGAGGCGUUCUAGGAGGAAACAUGAUGAUGCUCCUACUGUGGACACUGGGCCUGGUAGAUUAAAGAAACAGGCCUCUGUAAGCCCACAAAAGCCUCAAAUUGUUGGCCCGGUUAUUCAAGAUCUCACUUCUGAGUCUCCAAUUGCGCCGAAGGUUGUAAUGGAGUCAGAGGAUGGAACAAAUACCGAAUCAGUUCAGCCCCAGCCAUAAGUAGGAAUAUUCCCAUCAAGAUCAAGUUCAUGUGAUUGAGCUUGGAAUUAACAACCUAAAUUUUUGAGAGGCCGAUGAGGUUUGUUGAGCAAUGUUGGUGUAGUGCGCAAGGUUUGUCAUAGACCUUACAAGUCUCUUGUUAUGUUGGUGGUUGUGUCCGAGACAAAUCAUGUUAUAACAUUGUUGUAGUUGUGCUUCUUCUAAUGGAUUUGUUUUAAGCAUGUUUCACAUAACUAUGAUUAUGGUUGGUUGAUUAAUA